AUGGUGAAAGGAACCUACGUUGACAAAAACGGAGUGAGAAAGGGCGCAUGGACUCAACAAGAAGAUGAUAAGUUAAGAUCUUACAUUGAGCGUUUCGGCCAUUCCAACUGGCGAUUGCUUCCCAAGUUUGCAGGUCUUGAUAGAUGCGGAAAGGGCUGCAGAUUGCGAUGGAUGAAUCACUUGAAACCGGGCAUCAACCGCGGGGAUUAUAGCCAACACGAAAAAAAUCUUAUUGCAAAACUCCAUCGUCAGCAUGGAAACAAGUGGUCAGUCAUAGCAGCUGAGCUACCGGGGAGAACAGACCAUGGAGUGAAGAACUAUUGGAACGCGCGACACAAGAAUUGCCAAAACACAACAGGCGAUGAGGCGGAGAUGUGUGAUGAGCCUAGAAAAAAUGUCAAAAGUAGAGAGGUGUCUUCUCAAGUGUUUGUGUUGGAAUCAUCAGAUCUCAACUCGACAGUGGCUCCAACUGCUGUCGAAUUGGGGUCUGAUUCGUCCAUUGAUCAAAGUUGCUCCGUUGCCUCAACCGCUGCCCAAGUUGUUGACAACAGUUUUUGGACUCAGCCUUUUGUGGUUGAGACAUAUUCCUAUGAUCAUGCUUAUGGUUUUAGGGAAUGUGAUGGAGCUGGAGAUGUGUUUUCACCUCUUUUUGGUACAUGGCUGGAUGAUGUCAAUCAUAUGCAGUUUCCUUUCUACUAA